GAGCGCAAGAAGAGGCAAAAGAAAACAGCCCGUCAAAGCAACUUGCAGCUUCGCUGGUCGGUGAAGAAAGUGCAGAAAAAUUCCACUGUUCUCGGUUCUGCGAGCAAAUCUCUAGUGUGUGCGUGUGUGCGUGGGGGGUUUAGGAAUACCAAACCGGUGGAGCAUAAAGAGCAUAAAAUCGCCCCCUACAUAUAGUGCUUAUCAAAAGAAAAGAAAAAAUCGAAAACAACCAGCAGCAACUGGUCCGAAACGUCGCAACAUUAAACGCAAAGCGUCGAGUUCGGUGAGUUUUCUCACGCGGACAAAAUCGAAACUCCGUAAAGCGUUCUCAGGAAUGAGCGACGGAAAAGUUAAAAAAGACGCAACGAACAAGGAAAUCAUCAACAUGAGUGACGCCGCCGGAUAUUUGGACCGUUUCGUGGGUGAUGUGAGCAAAAAAUCGGCCACCAAACAGAUACUGAUCGGUGCCGGCAGUGGAUGGGCAACCGGUUACAUCACGAUGAAGGUGGGCAAGAUGGCUGCGAUCGCAGUCGGCGGUGGCAUCAUCCUGCUGCAGAUGGCUAACCAGCAGGGCAUCAUUUCGAUCGACUGGAACAAGGUGCAGAAGAAGGUGGACAAGGUCACCGACAAGGUGGAGGAAGCCGUCACCGGACAGGGGCCGAGCUGGGCGGACAAGGCGGAACGUUUCGUUGAUCGCAAACUCAACCAGGCGGAGGAUGUGCUGAACAAGCGGACGAAAAAGGCCAAAAAGUGGUACACGAACCUGAUCGGCGACGAGACCGGCUGCAAGGUGAACGAUCUACACAUUUUCCUCUGUGCCUUUGCGGCGGGCGUUGCGAUCGGUGUCGGCACUGCCUAAUAAUCGGGUGAUCACGUUUCUGCGUGCGCCGUGACGUCACAACAGUCACAAUCUGAUGCGCUGCUGGGCAAAACCCUUUCGCCAAAAAUACAGAACCAUAUUGCGCUGAAGGAUGGAAACACACACACACACGCAUUAGGGCAGCAGUAGUUACACCUCGGGUCAGUUUUCGGAACAAAAGUGGCAUGCGUUAGGUGCGAGAAAGUUACAUUUGAUGCCAGUAUGCCUUUUCUUUCGUUCGCGCCUGUUAGCAGACCCAAAUAGCUGAAUAUCGAAAGGAAAUGGCAUACAGAAGCUAAACGGCAGAUUAUUUGAACGGAAUCGUAUGGGUAAAAAAACAAGAACCAUCUCACCGAAUCUCGUCGAUCCACACAAACCGUUUUCCGAUUUCGUUUUAGCUUUCUCGCCCGUCGGGUUUUUUUCUCAUACAAUUCCAAUCGGUUGUGUUUGUUAACGUGGUUUGAUGUUUUGUGAUUAUAUACUCGUUAAGUGAGAUCGGGCUCUACACGCUAUUCUAACGCGCCCUUUCCCGCGCAGGGCGAAUAUUUCAAUCGAUUUGUGUUACUAGACUGUAAGUGCACUCGCAAAAAAACUCGAAAAGCGAAGAGCCUCAAACCUGUACUUAAAAACGCUACCAAUCGGAAUCCAGAUCUUGUCGGCAAAAGGAAAAGAAACAAGGCGCACAAACCAUGCAUGCCAGAACGCUUCAUCACAACACUACAGACGAUUUCAGAGGGUAAAAUCACCAUAAACGAAUGUGUACCGAAAUGGAAACGGAAGUUAAACUCACACAAUCGCCAACAGUAUAUCUGCGCCACAGCUGAAACAAUCAACUCCCAUAAUGUAGUCGCUAUCGAGAUGUGUAUGUACCGUGUGUGAGAUCUGCUGAAGAAUGCGUACCAAACCAAACGAUCGAUUAGUCAAAUGGUGUGAUGAUUCAUUUGCAGGCCGUUUACAUUCUACAAUCAUUUACUAGUUUUAAUUUUGCGUUCCUGUAUGUCACUCAAUGGUAUAGCGUUAUAUUUAUGCUUUUAUUUCAUGAAUUCCCAUUUCCCCUACAUCUGUUACGCGACCGCAAAUGUCCGCCAACACACACACACACCAUGCAAUGAAAAUAAACUUUGAUUUGAAAUGAUAAAACUAA